ACAAUGAGCUCAACACAGAAGGACCAACAUGGAGCGAGAAGUCAGCGCUCUCAGGAGGCCGACAAACCUCACAGAAGAAAGAGAGAGAAAACAUACACCUGUGACGAGUGUGGGAAGGAGUUUACUGAGAAGACUUCACUAAAACGUCAUCAGGUCAUCCACACUGGAGAGAGACCGUUCAGCUGUGACUUGUGUGGAAAGUCUUUUUCCUGGAAGGAAUCCCUAAAAAGACACCAACUCAUCCACAGUGGAGUUAAACCGUACAGCUGUGAUCAGUGUGACAGAGCUUUUACUCGCAGUAGCAGCUUACAGAGGCAUCUAGUUACCCACUCUGGAAUUAAGGCAUACAGCUGUGAUCAGUGUGACAGAGCUUUUACUCGCAGUAGCAGCUUACAGAGGCAUCUAGUUACCCACUCUGGAAUUAAGGCAUACAGCUGUGACAUCUGUGGAAAAACUUUCAGCCAGAGAGGGCACCGAAAUAUACACCUACGCAUUCACACCAGACAUGAUGUGUACAGCUGUGAACAGUGUGGCAAAUACUUUGCUACAGACACACAGUUACAACAACACAUGUUUACCCACGCUGAGGAGAGACCUUAUAAAUGUGACCUGUGUGAGAAGACUUUUAAAUCUCCACGUUACCUGAGACAACACCAACAGAUCCACACCAGAAAGAGACUCUACAAGUGCAGUUACUGUGAGAAGCAGAGCGACACAGAUGGAUCCAGUUCUCAACCCUGUCAUCACCGUGGUGGUGGGAAAGAGUUUCAUUGUGACCUCUGUGGAAAAACUUUCAGUUGGAAAGUUACCCUAAAAAUACAUCAACGUAGACACACUGGAGACAAACUGAAAUACUGCAAAGAAUGUGGGAGAAGCUUCACCACAUCAGGUGACUUAAAACAACAUGAACUGAUUCACAGUGGGGUUAAAAAGCACCUCUGUGAUCAGUGUGGGUCAUCCUUCACCACUGCAGGUGAGCUUAAAUCACACAAACGAGUCCACACAGGAGAGAAACCAUACAAGUGCAGACACUGUGACAAAAGUUUCUCAUGUUCAAGUCAUCGUAACAGGCAUGAACGUACACACAUGGAAGGAAACUACAGCUGUGACCAGUGUGACAAGAGCUUCAGGAAUCUCAGUUCAUACUCCAAACACAAACGAUCCCACGUUACUAAUAAACUGUUUCACUGUUACCAAUGGGCUGGCCACGUGGAGAGUUCCUGCUAUCAUGCUGCUGAGUACUCUAAAACUAGGAAAAACAGCCAUGUCGCACCUAACUGGACAAAAAACAUCAUCAGCUGCUUUAAACAAGACCAACAGGGCUGUGCACCUGGCUACCUGUAA